GCGCCAAACGAGCAAUGCGAUUGGAACUCACACAACCAACGUGGUCGUGUAUGGCGUCAGAUCAGAUCUACCUACUCGAUCAGGGCAAAACCAUGCGACUGUGGUACGGCAAGGCCGCCAGCGAUGUGCGCAGGCAGAAAGCUCGAUUACUAGUCCAGAAG